CGCUGUGACCCUUCAGUGAAGUUUCGCAAAGUUGUGUCGACUCCACUGAACAAGUCGUUAAGAUGAAAACCACUAUUUUCCUAGUCGUGUUAGCAGUAUUGUCUGCUAACACCGCAUUGGUGCCCAACCCGGCUGUACCACGGCAGGUUGCCAGCAGGACAAAUCUGAUUAUUGGUCACAUUGGACCUUAUGACAGGCUUUAUUACAGAACCUACCUCAACCAAGCACCACUCCCGAAUGCUGUUCAAACCCAAGACGUCGUCUUCCGCGGCACAACAUACAACAACAUCACCGCCGUGUAUGCCCUUGAAGUAGGCUACACUCAAUAUGCUCAAGCCUGGAUUCUCAGUGGAGGAAUCGGGAGAAACAACGUGACCGUCAGAGCUCAGAGUGCUAGGGGCUACGGUUUUUAUUACCAGGUUGAGGUCUGGGGUCGUUAAUAAGUGUUUUGAAUAAAAUGGUUUUUACUUUAUAGUUCCCUUUCUUAAAAUACCCUACGUUGUUAAACCAGAUAAUAAACAUGCAUGAAGUUCAAUAAUUAUUGAUACAUAACCAUAGACAAAACAUGCAAUACUUCAGGGACGCUGUUACUUCUUUACUUUAGUGAAGCGACGUACUUUUUGGCUCCGAUAUUUUUAUCGAGCCGACAGAUUAUGUAACGAUUAUUCUAGUUGAUUUCUCCAUCUUAUAUAUAGGUUUAG